AAUCAAGAUGGCCUCAUCAUCCUACAACUCACCAUGCGCUGCCUGCAAGUUCCUUCGAAGGAAAUGUGUCCCCGAAUGCAUCUUCGCACCAUACUUCCCACCCGAAGAGCCCCAAAAAUUCGCCAACGUCCACAAGAUCUUCGGAGCAAGUAACGUUGCCAAGCACCUCAACGACAUCCCUCCCCAUCAGAGGGAUGACGCUGUCUGCUCCCUGGCCUACGAGGCUGAGGCUAGGGUUCGAGACCCUGUCUAUGGUUGUGUAGGCGCCAUCUCAUUUCUUCAGACCCAAAUUGAGAAAUUGCAAAAGGAGAUCGAGUCUGUGAACGCAGACCUCAUCCGGUUUGCUGCCAUGGCUCCUCCUACUCCGAGACUUCAUAGGUCGGGUAGGAGAAUGGUAGGUAGUAUUGGGAGUGAUUCUGAUGAACAGAUGUUUUAUCAAACACCGCCAAUGCAAUUACCUUGUUGCCCCCCUCCUCCUUAUUGGAUGGGUGAUGAUCAUCCAAACCCUUUUAGAGGAGGUAAUGGUGAAGGAGGAGGAGGAGAGGGAAACAUAUGA